GACUCGCGGCGGAACUGGGACGGUCCGCGGGCACCGAGAGCCACGCGGUCUGGGCUGGAAUCGUGCGGGCGCAGGACUGCUGUUACAUCCCAUGUGAAAAACAAGAAAUAAAAUGAAGAUUUGUCACUGCAAGAUGCAGUACUGGGUGUUUCCAGCAUUUUUGGUGAUGAUUUAUUUUUGCACCAUGGUCCAGGGUCAAGAGAUGUGCCACAACUUUGAUGAAGUUAUAGCUCACCAGCGGUUGAGCAUAAGCUGUUUUCCAUCCUCCCAUGGCUGGACACAAGUUUCAGAUUCUUGGGAGAGUCUGCCUGGCUGCCUUGAGUCCUUUUCUCCCCGCUUUGCCAAGGGAGGAUGGCUGACAGAGAGCGCAGCCGAGGCUCUGUGCCGCGGGGAGGGCGUGCUGUUCCUGGAAGAAAACCAAGGUGCUGUUGGAAACUCAGAAGGGAGUUCAGUGGAAGUCAUUGCCGUUCUGGGCCCUGGAGCACCGUCCAGGUUCUCUGGGUGUGAUCUGGGCUGUCUGGUACGGUCCCUGUCGCCCUCAUCACUUCUCCUGGAGGCUCAGCGAGUUGUUGAGUCCCAGUGCCUCGGUUUCCUCUUCUGUGGAACGUGCGGCAGAAUUGGUGCCCGCCUCGUGGGACUGCUGCGAGGUUUGAAACUCAAAUCAUGGUCUGGGAAUGGCAGCACCACGUCACCUGGGAGCAAAUAUAGAAUAUGGGGCCCUAGCCUACCCUUUGCAUCGGCGCCUGAGUGUGAAGUUUCCCGUGCAUAUUCACGUAGGAAGCUGGUCGUGGGGACUAAAGGAGCCGGUGGAAAAACCAAUCAACUGAAUCUCCAGAACACUGCAACUAAAGCAAUUAUUCAAGGUCUUAUGCCAGACCAGAAUUACACGGUUCAGAUUAUUGCAUACAAUAAAGACAAAGAAAGCAAGCCAGCCCAAGGUCAAUUCAGAAUUAAAGAUUUAGAAAAAAGAAAGGAGCCAAAACCCAGAGUGAAAGUUGUGGACAAAGGAAGCGAGAAUAAGCCAUCCGUCCCCGAGGAAGAAGUGAAAUUUUUCUGUCAAACACCGGCUAUUGCUGAUAUUGUAAUCCUGGUUGAUGGCUCAUGGAGUAUUGGAAGAUUCAACUUCAGACUGGUUCGAUCUUUUUUGGAAAACCUGGUUACAGCAUUCGAUGUGGGCUCCGAGAAAACACGAAUUGGUCUGGCUCAGUAUAGCGGUGACCCCAGAAUAGAAUGGCACUUGAAUGCCUUUAACACAAAAGAGGAGGUGAUAGAAGCUGUCCGAAACCUACCGUACAAGGGAGGAAAUACACUGACAGGUCUUGCUUUGAAUUACAUUUUUGAAAACAGUUUUAAACCGGAAGCAGGAGCAAGGACUGGAGUGUCCAAAAUUGGCAUUUUAAUCACAGAUGGAAAGUCCCAAGAUGAUAUUAUUCCACCAUCCAGAAACCUUCGUGAGUCUGGUGUAGAGCUCUUUGCCAUAGCACUGAGCCCGCGCUGCAAACCCUGGAGCCCUCGGCCUGGAGCCUGGGCACCAGGUGCAGCCCCGCCCGGGGAAGCCCGUGUACCGCUCGGGCCCGGGCUCCGCUCUCCCCGUCAGGGGAAGCCCGUGUACCCCUCGGGCCGGGCUCCGCUCUCCCCCCCAGGGGAAGCCCGUGUACCCCUCGGGCCCGGCUCUCCCCGCCAGGGGAAGCCCGUGUACCCCUCGGGCCCGGGCUCCGCUCUCCCCGCCAGGGGAAGCCCGUGUACCCCUCGGGCCGGGCUCCGCUCUCCCCCCCAGGGGAAGCCCGUGUACCCCUCGGGCCCGGCUCCCCCCGCCAGGGGAAGCCCGUGUACCCCUCGGGCCCGGGCUCCGCUCUCCCCGCCAGGGGAAGCCCGUGUUGCGUCUGACUCGCAGGGGUGCAGUCUGAGCAGGAGACAUCCAGGCCCUUCUCUGAGAGCCCGGCGCUGGUUCCUGCCUGUGCCGUGUCCGGGCGGGGACGACUCGGUCGGGCUGCACGUCUGUCCCUUGUCCAUCGUCCCUCUCGCCCUGGACCGGGACUCUUCAGACUCAGCUGAGCAGCCAACCUCAGCCCUUGCCACCAUUGGGCCGCCUACAGAACUGAUGACUUCUGAAGUCACUGCCAGGAGCUUUAUGGUUAACUGGACUCACGCCCCCGGAAAAGUGGAAAAAUACAGAGUCGUGUAUUACCCUACCAGGGGCGGAAAACCAGAGGAGGUGGUGGUGGACGGACGCGAAUCUUCCACGGUGUUAAGAAACCUGAUGUCUUUAACUGAAUACCAGAUAGCAGUCUUUGCAAUAUAUGCUCACACAGCUAGCGAAGGCCUGCGGGGAACCGAAACCACACUUUCUUUACCCGUAGCUUCCGACCUUGAACUGUACGACGUGACGGAGGACAGUCUGAGGGUGAGGUGGAACCCCGCGCCCGGGGCGUCCGGGUACCUGAUCCUCUACGCUCCCCUCACAGAGGGCCUGGCCGGGGAUGAAAAAGAGAUGAAAAUUGGAGAGACCCACACAGACAUUGAGCUGGGCGGGUUGUUGCCCAAUACGGAAUACACAGUCACAGUGUAUGCUAUGUUCGGAGAAGAAGCCAGUGACCCUGUUACAGGACAAGAAACAACAUUACCCUUAAGCCCCCCCAGAAACCUGAGAAUCUCCAACGUGGGCUCCAACAGUGCUCGAUUAGCCUGGGAUGCAACUUCAAGAAGGAUCAAUGGUUAUCGAAUUGUGUAUAACAACGCUGAUGGGACUGAAAUCAAUGAGGUUGAAGUCGAUCCUGUUACUACGUUCCCUCUGAAGGGCUUGACACCCCUCACCGAAUACACUGUUGCCAUUUUCUCCAUCUAUGACGAGGGGCAGUCAGAACCUCUGACUGGAAUUUUUACCACAGAGGAAGUUCCGGCCCAGCAGUACUUAGAAAUUGACGAGGUGACGACAGACAGUUUUAGAGUGAGCUGGCACCCGCUCUCGGCGGAUGAAGGCCAGCACAAGCUGAUGUGGAUCCCAGUCUACGGGGGCAGGGCCGAAGAGGUUGUCCUAAAGGAAGACCAAGACUCAUACGUUAUUGAAGGCCUGGAGCCUGGCACUGAGUAUGAAGUUUCCCUGCUGGCUGUGUUGGAUGAUGGAAGUGAGAGUGAGGUGGUGACUGCUGUCGGGACCACACUUGACAGUUUUUGGACAGAACCACCUACAACUGAAGAAGCACCUACCAGACCUGUGACAUCAGUUUUCCGCACCGGAAUCAGAAACCUGGUGGUAGAUGAUGAGACCACUUCUAGCCUGCGGGUAGCAUGGGACAUUUCAGACAGCAGUGUUCUGCAGUUCAGGGUGACCUACCUCACUGCUCAAGGGGACCCAGCGGAAGAAGUGCUGGGAACGAUUAUGGUGCCUGGAAGCCAGAACACUCUCCUUCUGAAGAAUCUGCUCUCUGAGACUGAGUACAAGGUCACGGUGACGCCCAUCUACGAUGACGGAGAAGGGGUCAGUGUCUCUGCCCCUGGAAAAACCUUGGCCCCCUCUGGCCCCCAGAACCUGCGGGUCUCAGAAGAAUGGUAUAACAGAUUGCGCAUUACGUGGGACCCCCCGUCUGCCCCCGUGAAGGGCUACAGGAUUGUCUACAAGCCUGUCAGUGUUGCCGGCCCGACCCUGGAAACGUUCGUGGGAGCUAACAUUAACACCAUCCUCAUCACAAACCUGCUCAGCGGAAUGGACUACAACGUGAAAAUAUUCGCUUCCCAGGCCGCAGGUUUCAGCGAUGCUCUGACCGGCGUGGUGAAAACACUGUUUCUGGGUGUGACCGACCUUCAGGCAGACGCGAUCCAGAUGACCAGCUUGUGUGCGCGCUGGCAGGUGCAGCGUCACGCCACUGCCUACAGGGUGGUCCUGGAAUCCCGCCAGGAUACACAAAAGCAAGAAUCCACUUUGGGUGGUGGGACAAACAGGCAUUGCUUCUAUGGACUUCAGCCUGAUUCAGAAUAUAAAAUCAGUGUCUACACAAAGCUCCAGGAGAUGGAGGGACCCAGCGUGAGCAUAACGGGAAAAACACAAUCGCCUCCUACUCAACCACCAACAUUCCCUCCAACAAUCCCACCAGCAAAAGAAGUGUGUAAAGCUGCCAAAGCUGACCUGGUGUUUAUGGUGGAUGGGUCCUGGAGUAUUGGUGAUGAAAACUUCAAUAAGAUCAUUAACUUCCUAUACAGCACUGUUGGAGCCCUGGGCAAGAUCGGCGCAGAUGGAACUCAAGUUGCCAUGGUUCAGUUCACUGAUGACCCCAGGACGGAAUUUAAACUAAACUCUUACAAAACCAAAGAGACUCUUCUUGAUGCAAUUAAGCAUAUCUCAUACAAAGGGGGAAAUACAAAAACAGGAAAAGCAAUUAAGCAUGUCCGAGAUAGCUUGUUUACUGCAGAGUCAGGGACCAGAAGAGGCAUCCCCAAGGUCAUCGUGGUUAUAACUGAUGGAAGAUCACAAGAUGAUGUGAACAAAAUCUCCAGAGAGAUGCAAUCAGACGGCUACAGCAUUUUUGCGGUCGGCGUGGCCGAUGCGGAUUACUCGGAGCUGGUUAGCAUUGGCAGUAAGCCCAGUGCCCGGCACGUCUUCUUUGUGGAUGACUUCGACGCCUUUAAGAAAAUUGAAGAUGAGCUGAUUACUUUUGUCUGCGAAACUGCAUCAGCAACCUGCCCACUGGUGCAUAAGGAUGGCAUUGAUCUUGCAGGAUUUAAGAUGAUGGAAAUGUUUGGUUUGGUUGAAAAGGAGUUUUCGUCAGUGGAAGGGGUCUCUAUGGAGCCUGGUACCUUCAAUGUGUAUCCUUGCUUUCAACUUCAUAAAGAUGCCCUGGUUUCGCAGCCAACCAAAUACUUGCAUCCGGACGGAUUGCCCUCUGACUAUACAAUCAGUAUUCUAUUCCGGAUUCUUCCUGAUACUCCAGAGGAACCCUUUGCUCUUUGGGAGAUUUUAAAUAAAAAUUCUGACCCAUUGGUUGGAGUCAUUUUAGAUAAUGGUGGGAAAACCCUAACAUAUUUCAACUAUGACUACAGUGGGGAUUUUCAGACUGUUACUUUUGAAGGACCUGAAAUUAGGAAAAUUUUCUAUGGAAGCUUUCACAAGCUACAUAUUGUUGUCAGCAAGACUUUGGCCAAAGUGGUUAUUGACUGCAAGCACGUGGGUGAGAAGGCAAUAAACGCGUCAUCUAAUAUCACAUUGGACGGUGUUGAAGUCCUGGGGAGAAUGGUUCGAUCAAGAGGACCAAAUGGAAACUCUGCACCAUUCCAGUUACAGAUGUUUGAUAUUGUUUGUUCCACAUCAUGGGCCAAUAAAGACAAAUGCUGUGAGCUUCCUGCCCUGAGGGAUGAGGAGGCCUGCCCAGAGCUCCCGCACAGCUGCUCCUGUUCAGAAAUCAACAAAGCGGCUCUGGGGCCAGCAGGCCCACCGGGGGGCCCAGGACUCCGAGGACCGAAGGGCCAGCGGGGUGACCCGGGCCUAAAGGGACCAGAUGGCCCUCGGGGUGAAACGGGCCCUCCAGGACCUCAGGGCCCCCCGGGACCCCAGGGACCGAGCGGUCUUUCCAUUCAAGGGAUGCCUGGAAUGCCGGGUGAGAAAGGAGAGAAAGGAGAGACCGGGCUGCCGGGCCCACAGGGUGUCCCAGGAAGUGUUGGCUCACCAGGACGCGAUGGCUCCCCAGGCCAGAGGGGCUUUCCUGGCAAGGACGGGUCCUCUGGCCCUCCGGGUCCACCAGGGCCAAUUGGCAUUCCCGGAGCCCCUGGAGUCCCCGGGGUCACAGGAAGCAUGGGACCCCAAGGUGCCCUCGGACCGCCUGGUGUCCCUGGAGCAAAGGGGGAGAGGGGAGAGAGGGGCGACCUUCAGUCUCAAGCCAUGGUGAGAGCGGUGGCACGUCAGGUGUGCGAGCAGCUCAUCCAGAGUCACAUGGCCAGGUACACAGCCAUCCUCAACCAGAUUCCCAGCCACUCGUCGUCUGUGCGGACCAUCCAGGGGCCUCCUGGAGAGCCUGGGAGGCCGGGCUCCCCAGGAACCCCUGGUGAGCAAGGCCCCCCCGGGGCCCCGGGCUUCCCCGGAAAUGCCGGUGUGCCGGGCUCGCCGGGAGAGCGAGGUUUAACUGGCGUGAAGGGAGAGAAAGGAAAUCCAGGCAUUGGAACUCAAGGUCCCAGAGGCCCCCCUGGGCCAGCAGGGCCUUCUGGGGAGAGUCGGCCAGGAAGCCCGGGGCCCCCUGGUUCUCCUGGACCAAGGGGUCCACCAGGUCACCUGGGGGUCCCUGGACCACAGGGUCCGUCCGGCCAGCCUGGAUACUGCGACCCUUCCUCGUGUUCUGCCUACGGCGUGGGAGCUCCCCAUCCUGACCAGCCAGAGUUCACCCCUGUCCAGGAUGAGCUGGAGGCCAUAGAGCUGUGGGGCUCUGGGAUCUGACAGUCUCGGCGGAGCUUGGAGGACUGACCACGAAGGCGCGUAAGGCGACGGACCCGGGAGGGAGGUCACCGUGUGGUUGGUAUGCUUCCUUUGGGGGCUUGUUGCAUCAGCCUGCGUCUCCUAUUUGGACACUGUUAAUAUUGUUAUAUUAACAGAAAAGUGUAUUAAAAAGAAACUCCUUAAUCCAUACACCACAGUACUGAUUUCUGCUUGUUGUUUUAAUGAUGUCCUCAGAGAAAGAUUGGCCCUAAAGUUGAAUUCUGGAAUCCUUUCUGCGUCAGGUGACCGCGAGUCCUAAAAUGCAACAAGACAGAAAUGACUGUAUUUGAGGGAAAUGGGGCCCCAGAACAGGAAUUCAAAGGGAUUCAAAGAUGAUGUCAUUUAUCCUUAUCCCCUCUAGGAAUGACCUUGGUGAAAAGAAAAAAAGGGACAUGAUUGGAGAAACUACCUCUUGCUUAAUUAAUUGAUCUAACUCUGAGAUCACUUGGUCACUAGCUUCACUGGUAUCCAAGAAUAUGUGUUAGAAUACGGCCUUUCUGAAUUUGGCGACUGUGAGACUAGAUUCAGUUCUUUCCAGUGGCUUUUGACGUAUAACCUAAUGCAUUCCCACUGACUCUGAUCCAGAGAGUCCCAAUUUCGAUGGCCAGCCGGCCCAGCAGUGUGUUCCAGAGCGUGCCCUCCACAACCACAUGGAUUACUUUGUACAUGCAGAUGUGUUUUUGCAAACCUAUUUCCAACCUUUCUUUAAUAAGCAAAUAAAAUUUUAAAACAAUGUA